AUGUUUUUUCAUUCAAGCGCUCAAAGUAAAUCUGAAAAGGCGGCUACAACAGGAAGUCGAGCUUUGGGAAAUCAAGUAAUCCGAAAAGGACACAUGUGUAUUCAAAAUUUGGGUAUUAUGAAAGGGGGAUCACGUCCUUAUUGGUUUGUUCUAACAUCCGAAAGUAUUUCUUGGUUUAAGGAUGAAGAUGAGAAAGAAAAAAAGUUUAUGCUCCCUUUAGAUGGUCUUAAAUUACGAGAUAUUGAACAAGGCUUUAUGUCACGUAGGCACACUUUCGCUCUAUUUAGUCCCGAUGGGCGCAAUGUUUAUAAGGAUUACAAACAACUUGAAUUAUCAUGCGAAAAUGUUGAUGAAGUGGAUUCUUGGAAAGCGUCUUUCCUUCGUGCUGGUGUAUAUCCUGAAAAAGACAAUAGUCAAGAAAAUGGUGAAGAUGGGGAUGGAGCCGUUCGUGAAAUUGGAGAAGUUGAGACAAGUUCACUUGAUCCCCAACUGGAGCGUCAAGUUGAAACUAUCCGCAAUUUGGUGGAUUCCUAUAUGAAAAUAGUAACAAAAACUACUCGUGAUAUGGUUCCAAAAUGCAUAAUGAUGAUGGUAAUAAAUAAUACAAAAGAUUUUAUAAAUGGAGAAUUGCUCGCCCACCUCUACGCAACAGGAGAUCAGUCGCAAAUGAUGGAAGAAAGUGCAGAAGAGGCUGUGAAAAGGGAGGAGAUGCUAAGGAUGUAUCACGCCUGCAAAGAAGCUCUGAGAAUUAUUGGUGAUGUUUCAAUGGCGACAGUUUCAACACCAGUUCCUCCACCUGUCAAAAAUGAUUGGCUACCAAGUGCAGAUAAUCCAAGGUUGUCACCACCAAGUCCUGGAGGACCACGGAAAUCCACUCCAAUUCAACCUCAAACACCAUCUGCUGGAAGGGGUCCCCCACCUCCGCCAGCAACAGGUAGGCCCGCGCCGGCUAUUCCGAAUCGACCAGGUGGUGGUGCUCCUCCUUUACCACAGGGAAGACCUACCGGAGGCCAAGCGUUACCUGCCCCACUCAUUCCAUCGUGAAAAAAGUUUCAUUUA